AUGAGCGCUGACCGUGGCAAGUUGGAGGUGGAUGUGUUGCAUGCGAAGGUGAGUUGGUCGUUGCCAAAUGGGGAGUUGCAGGUGCUGCAUGACGAGUGCAUCUCCAGACAUGUGGACUUUCUGGAGCUGCAGCUGAAACUGCAGCUCUAUCCCAAAGGAUGUGGCCAGCUCAACCGCCCCAUGGUUCUCCUGGAAAACGUCGACACUGCUGAGCUGCAGGUCCGCGUGUCGAUCAACGGCUGUGUGGCCUUCACUCAGCAUAUCCCGAGGGAUGGGCAGCUGCAACGGGAGUACCACUCGGAAAUCAAAGACGAGGAUCUCGAAAUUGUCAUCGAGCUGUAUCAAGUGGAUCGGCAGCCCAUGCGGGAUGUGCUGCCGCGGCUGUUGAAGUCUGAGCUUGACAUCGAACAAACAAACAGAAAAGAUGCUGAAGCCGAGAGCGACCGCUUGCGAGCAUUGAUUCAUGCAGCCAGCAAUCAGGCGACCAACCGGGUUUGCCAUUUGACCCGCUCUGCGUUGAAGAUACAGGCCAAGUGGCGCCAGGUGAUGGUUCACCACCAAUUUCAGAGGGACCGCGCCGAGACCGACCGGCGCCUGAAACAGGCGAAGUUUGUCAAAGCCAUCACAGUUUUGCAGUGCCUUUGGCGUUUGAGGCGCAAGAAGUGCGAACGUAGGUGGUUACGUGCACAGAAGGGCUGCUCUGAAACAGAGACUCCAUAUGAUGCGAUUCUGGCUUUCGAUUCCUUGGCGGAGUUUCUGAAGGAAGGCAAGAUCGACUUCCUCCAAAAGGCAGAGUCACUUCUCGAGGUUGCAAAGGAAAGUCGCUAUCGCAUCGUUGCAGUUGUAGGGCUCUUUGAUAAAGGCAAGACGUGGCUCCUGAACAAGUUGUUUGGUGCCAACCUACCUGCUGGAAAACUUUGCACCACCCGGGGCUUGAGUUUCCUUUGGUUCAAGGAACGCCGGAUGUUGGUGAUUGACUCUGCUGGCGUUCAAUCCACCGUGUCCUAUCGAGCGCAAGCUGUGGAUGCGAUCCAUGAUGCUCAGACCACCGAAUCCUUGAUGUUCGAGAUGGUGUCCCGGAUUUCUCACCAAAUUGUCUUCGUGGUCAAUGACUUGACUUGGUUCGAGCAGAAGUACGUCGCGAUGCUGCAUCAGAAGUAUGUGCAGUGCAAGCAACACAAGGAGCUCACCGUGGUGCACAACUUGCGCAACACCUCCGACACCGAGGAGGCCACCAUGCUCUUCAGCCGCCAGGUGAUGCAGUGCUAUGACGGGGAGCUAUCCCACCUGGGCCGGCUGAUCUUCACCGCGGACCUGGGCGAAGGAGUGCCACCGGUGCAUCACAUCGUGCUCUGCUACGAGUUCUCCAAGGCGGGGGAUGCCUUCAAUGCCAAGAACCGGGAGCAUCUGUUGCAACGCUUGGAACACGGCAACACCCUGGGCACCAGCAUCGUCCUCACGGACCUGCUGAAGGCGGAGCUCUCCCGGCUGCUGCCGAAGUUUGUGAAUAUCGAGACCACCGAGCCGGAGGCCUGUGGUGCCGCUUCUGGGCAACCCAUCUCCGUCUCCUUCGUUCCGGCCGCGGCUGCCGACGUCGCCGGCAACGGCUACGCAUCGUCGGGCGCCUUCUGCAUGCGGCUCUCGCACGAGAAAGCGCGGGUGACGACGAAGACCCGCGGCGUCAUCUCACCCCUGGGGGAGAUCAUUGCCCACGACGUCAGCUUCGAUCCCAUUGUGAAUGUCUUCGACAAGGAGAAUGGCAAUGGCAUGCAUCGCUUCAUUCGCAUUGAGUGUCCUGGUGUUGUUGAAGAGGAAAUCACCUGUUUUGACGACGUUCCCAACGGUGUGAAGGUGUUCAUCAACAAGAAGCCACCCAUUGUCGAACACGCGGUGCACGAGGUUGAGCCCAUCAGGCAAACCCACGGAGCCUGGGAGCGGGAGUUCAGCUUCGAUCAAUCUGAGGGGUGCUUCAAGCCCUGCGAGGAUGAAACCACGCUGGAGCAUGGCGUUCUGACCAUCGUGCUGAAGAAACGGUGCCUCGCAAGUGGGGUGUGGGCAAAGCGCGCAAUCUCAUUCGACGAUCUGACGUGCCGGAAUCAGGCCGCGCUGGUUCCCCGACGGCAUCGGAAUGCACCCUGA